AUGGAAGAACAUCUCAAAGAACUGCAGCUACUAUCCAGUACUAAUCCACACACUGCACCUUCUUCAUCACAGGCUUCAUCCUGGCCGUUGGAUUCGUCGACUAAAUUCCGAUCACGGGAUCACUUCGAUGGUCCAUCACUAGACCUUCAGUUGUCAGUAAGUGUCAACCCACUCAAGCCACCAUCAGAUUGUGUUGUAAUAAGAAGAGUUAAAGAUUACAGUGACGUGAAGAAGUUUGAUUCUAGCAAUAUUGAGGCCUUGAAAUGGCAUGCGGCUGAGCAAAUUCAACUGGCGGCAACGGAGAAGGCUUACGCAGAGCGUGUGAGGGAGCUUUCGAGAAGAGAAAUGGAGAUGGCCGAGUCUGAAUUUGCUCGUGCUCGGGCCCUAUGGGAACGAGCACGAGAAGAGGUUGAGAAGGCAGAGAAAAUGAAGGAAAAGGCCGUUGGAAAGAUGGAUUCAAGAUGCUUGGAAAUCACUUGCCAAUCUUGUAGACAAAAGUUUCUACCUUAAAAAAUGCUAACUACAACUUUUGAGUCCAUAUAGUGAGUUGAAGUUUGUUCAACUUCACGUGAUGAGU